GUGGCGCGCGCCUGGGCGGAAAGAGCGACAGCGCCGCGAGAGCCACCGAGCACCAUGUCACAAGAGGAUGCAGUGGGAGACCCGCCCACACACUCAGACCCUACUGUCUUUGAAACAUCUUCAGAAGAACGUGACCCUACUCCUGCGCCCAAAACAGAUGAGCCUCCUUUUGCUCCUCCACUCUCAUUGGCUACAUCAGAGCCUCGGCCGGCCAAUGAGGGUGCAGAAGAGCCAGCUCCAGCCACCCAGGCCGAAGAACCUCCACAGGGCCAAUCAGAGCAAGGCUCUGGGGAUCCUAUGACUGAAUGCAGCGAAUCAGUGAGCUUGGAGCCGGAAGCUGCUGAAGCAGAGGUGGAGGCCUCAGAGCACUCUCCAUCUAAAGGCUGGGGUGGAUGGGGUUCCUGGGGAAAGUCCCUGCUGACCAGUGCCACGUCCACAGUGGGUCACGGAUUAAGCUCUGUGAAGGAGAAAGCAGGUGUGGCCUUGCGGAUUCGUCAGCCAUCUUCAUGUGAGGAAGGUCAGGAGGCUGAAGAGCAUCCAGUUGCUGAGUCCACAGAACCAGAUCAGACUGGUCAGACAGACGGGUCAGCGGCCCAGUCCAGCAGCGCACCAAGAGGAGUGCUGUCCACCAUCACCAGCGCUGUACAGAACACUGGUAAGUCUGUGCUGACUGGAGGUCUUGAUGCAUUGGAGUUUAUUGGGAAGAAGACGAUGACAGUGUUGGCAGAGAGUGACCCGGGCUUUAAAAAGACCAAAAUCCUCAUGGAGAGAACUGUGUCACUAUCCCAGGUGCUGAAGGAGGCCAAAGAGAAAGAGCGGGAGAAGUUGAGCAGUCAGACAGUUUCCGAACCCACGGCUCAUUACAGCAUCCUGUUUGAUGAUUACCAAGGCCUGUCCCACCUGGAAGCUCUGGAGAUACUGUCCAACGAGAGUGAGGGGAGGGUUCAGGCCGCUCUUGCCUCCUUGGAGGGGGAGCAGUUGGAGCUUGUGAAGAAGGAGCUGAUUGAGAUUAAGGAGAUCUUCAUCGCGAGGGAGGAAGAGGAGGAUGAGACGAGUGCUGAGGAAAACGUUGCUGAUGGGGAAGAAUUUGUCAGUGUUCUCACAGAGCUGCUCUUUGAGCUACAUGUUGCUGCUACACCAGACAAACUGAACAAGGCCCGUGUGAAGGCGUACGAUUGGGUGAAAGAGGUGGAGAAGCCCGCUGCCACGGACGUUGCUAAGGAGGCAACCGAGGAAGCGAGCAAAGACGACUCUGCCACUUCAACCACUCAUGUAUUAGAAGAAGGAGAGAAAAAAGAAGGGAGUGAGAAAGAAGUCGAGAAGGGAAAUGCAGAUAACGGCUCCCCCAACAAACUGGAGAGUGUGUAUCUGUCCUCAGUAGGCAGUCUUGCAGAGGUGACGGCUCGUAGUAUAGAGCAGCUCCAUAAAGUGGCUGAACUGAUACUGCACGGACAAGACGUGGAGAAACCAGCUGCCCAGCAGGCCAAAAUACUGUCCAGGCUGACCUGUGCUAUGUGUAAGGAGGUGGGCUGUCUGGCGCGCAUGUUCUCUGAUACACUUCUGACUGUGGGGAGCCAGAGGAAAGCAGAAGAAUUGAACCCUUUGGUAAACAGCGUGUUGUUUGAGGGCUCCAACAGCACUACGUAUAUUCAGAAUGCUUUCCAGCUGCUGCUGCCUGUUCUGCAGAUUUCCUACAUUCAGACCAGCCAAACUCCAGCUAAAACUGACCCAGAACCAGCUCCUACAGACUGACCUCCCCUGCGUAUGUGUGCGUGACUGACUCAUGUAUGUUACAGUGUGUGCUGCUUUCUUCUGUAAUCUUCUGCAAAAAGUGCAAUGUGCAACGCCUUCGUGUACAGUUAAGCAAUCCACAUAGAGAUAUUUAGAACAGCUAAUUCAGAAUAUAAUAUAGACUUAUUAUAAUAACUUAUUUAGGAUGCUGUAGUGCCAGUCCUGAUAAUAGUAUCUUUUAAUGUGUUCACUUACUGUAUAAACAAAUGCAGACACUAGUGACUGAUUGUAUUAUAAUGUAAUGACAUGAAAUUGAGCGCUAUGCAGUGCAUUUGCCUUCAAGUCACAAACCAAAUCCAUUAUGAAUUUUUUUGAAGACUAACCAAAAAUGACUAAGCUGCCUGUAUUUGAAAGGGACAG